AAAAAACGUAAACGAUUCUGUGUGCAAAUCUUUAUUGUUUGAAAAGAAUCACAGCCAUGGGUUCCAAUGCAUCCGUCAAAGACAUUCUGGGUGAGCUCGAGAAGGGAAGCUACAUUUCUCUACUCUCCAAUCUAAUCAGCGAGUCCCAGCACGUCCAGAACAACCCACCAGACCUCGUUCCCAAAGAGGAUUUGGUUGGCGCUCACGUCCGUGAAGUUCUCGAUCCAUACAGCACUGAAAAUGGUGGACCCUUGAUCAUUAAACAAGUCAGCUACACUCCCGGCCGUGGACAUUUGAUCAUUCGCUACCCUGGCGCCGACUCUGCCAAAGUAGUCUCCUUCGUUGGGAGUCACAUGGAUGUCGUCCCUGCCGAUCCCAGCGCUUGGACAUUUGACCCUUUCUCGUUGAGUAUCUCUGGAGAUCAACUUCGUGGCCGUGGGACUACUGACUGCCUCGGACAUGUUGCCCUGUUAACUGAACUUCUGAAGAAACUUGCACAAACUAAAUUAAAGCUCAAGAACUCUGUUGUUGUUAUAUUCAUUGUGUCUGAAGAGAACAGUUCAAUCCCAGGGAUUGGAGUAGAACAACUCUGGAAAGAUGGGUACUUCGAUGAUUUAAAAGGAGGACCUCUAUAUUGGGUUGAUACUGCGGAUUCACAACCUUGUAUUGGCACUGGUGGUACCAUUCCUUGGUUCAUUAAAACAUAUGGACACCUCUUCCAUAGUGGUUUGCCAAAUAAGGCUAUUAAUGCUUUGGAGCUGGCGAUGGACGCUCUGAAACCCAUUCAGUUGAACUUUUAUAAGGAUUUUCCUCCUCAUCCUAAGGAACAGGAGUAUAAAUUUGAAACGCCAUCCACCAUGAAACCGACCCAAUGGAGCUAUCCAGGAGGUGGGCUUAAUCAAAUUCCAGGAGAAUGUAGUCUGGCAGGAGAUGUCAGGUUAACUCCAUUCUACGAUGUGAACGAUGUGGUGGCGAAGAUCUCUGCUUAUGUUAAUUACAUCAAUGAAAACGUGGAGGAUCUUGAAUCUAGAGGUCCAGUUUCAAAGUAUACUCUGCCGGAUGAAGGACUCAGGGGAAAGCUUGAAGUGAGUUAUGGUGAGUUGAUAUCAGGGAUUGCAUGCGAUCUUGAUUCUCGUGGGUAUAAAGUUUUAUAUAAUGCAACCAAGGAAGUUAUAGGACAAGUCAAUCCUUACUCCAUUACAGGGAGUCUCCCACUUGUUAAGGAUCUUCAGGAUAAAGGCUACGAUGUUCAGACGAUUGGCUAUGGUUUGACGGCAACUUACCAUGCAAACGAUGAGUAUUGCAAUUACAGUGACAUGGCUAAUGGGUACAAAGUGUUUGCCAGCAUCAUCUCGCAGUUGGAAGAAGAUUACUAAGAAUUAUGAACUCAGUAUUCUGAACUGCAAAAUAAUAAAUAAAUAAAUGUAGCCAAUGUGAUAUGUAUUAUUCUUGUAUGCUUUUGUUGUUGUAUUUGUAUUAUGUAUUAAAUAAAAAGGCUAUAGUGAAGCCUCUUUGCUUAUUUUA